CGAACUGUCAAACUGGUGUUUAUGUUUACGCUGAAAGAAAUUGAAAACGUAAAACGCAAAGACAAGGUAUUUGGUGAAAUCGUAGAAAUCGUCUGUUUGUGUUUUGUUUGAUAAAUUAAUUUAUCAAUUUUGUUGCUGUCUUUCACGGAAAAUGGAUUAUUUUGAUUGUUUGCUGUCUUCAAGUUCCUCUGGUGAAUCGGACUCAGAUACCGAAAUAUUGUUCACCGCUUUGAAUUCUUCAGAAGGAACAUCCACUACACACAAAAUCAGGGUUGAAAUUUUUGUUGAAAAUGUGAUCGAUAAAUACAGUGACAAGCAAUUUCGUGAACAAUUCAGAUUACAAAGAAGCACAGCAAUGUAUCUAAUAGAAAGAUACGAGUCAUCGACGUACGGCUGUAUCAAUGAAGGGAAAGGCAGGAAAGGAAUAGCUCCAAAAAAUCAAAUUCUUGCAUUCAUAUGGUUUUGUGCGAACAAGGAUUCUUACAGAGAAGUGUGCAAUCUGUUCAACAUGGCAGAAUCCACUGUUUUUAGCCAUUUGAACUCUGUUUUGGAUUUCUUUUAUGAUAUAUCCAAACAAAUAAUUAAAUUUCCGGACAGUGAGGAGGAGAAACAACAAGUGGCAUCGGACUUUCAAAAGGUUUCAAAAUUUGAAAAUGUGAUUGGUUGUAUUGAUGGAUCUUACAUCUCAAUCCGAAAGCCGGCCAAGAAAAUUAGAUCCACUUACAUCAACAGACACGACAUGGUAUCUAUUACACUCCAAGGUGUUUGUGAUUCAAAAAAAAGGUUUUUGGAUGUUUGUGUUGGAUCACCAAGCAAAAUUCAUGAUUCGAGAAUAUUUUCCUUAUCACCGUUAAGCGAAAAUUUGGCGAUUAUAUGUAACCAGAGGUAUCACCUGCUUGGUGAUGCGGCUUAUCCUCUACGGGAAUACCUCUUAACUCCAUAUAGACAUGAUGGGCGAAUGACGCAUAAAAAACAAAAGUACAAUCUAAAGCAUUCACAAACACGAGUUCUCAUAGAAAACGCUUUUAGCCUACUGAAGACACGAUUCCGGCAGUUGAUGCGACUUGAUUUUUUUACUAUAGAGAGAAUGUGCAAGUUUGUUAUGGCAUGCUGCGUGCUACACAACAUAUGCAUAAGUCUUAAUGACCUCAUUGAAACUGACGAGGAGCUUAUAAUGCAUGAGAGCAAUAAUAACGAGCAGAGGAAUGCUGUCACAACUAACGAUCCAGAUAUCCGCAAUGCUGCUCUUCGACGGCUAGUAGAAAUUAAAAGAGAUAGUAUUGCAGAUAGUUUUUAAUAAAUAUUAAUCCGUAAGACCAUAUGACGUAAACCAUAUUUUGACAAAUAUAAGCAACAUAAUGCAAUAAAAAGAUGUUGUGUUGAUUUUCUUUAAUUUUAUAAAUAAAAGCGUUCAUUUUCUUAAAUUUUUAUUUGUAUUGUCUCUAGGGAUAGUUUUGAUUUAAAUAAAAUACAAUUUGAAUUUGAAUUAAUUUUAAUUUAUUUAAAUAUGAUCUACAGCUAGAAAAGCUUGGACUAUGUAACAAAGAUAUAUCGGUUUAGAAAUCAGCAGUUGGAGUCUGUUCACUAGUUAGGGGAAAGUAGGGCUAGAUCGCCAAAAAAUAUAGUAUCAUCAGUAAGCAAAAUUUUCACAUUAUAGACGAAUCCAAGUAAAAAUAAGGAUCAUACAUCAAUUAGAUUUUAAUUAAAUUUUUUCUAGAAUUUAUUAUAAGCAUUUAAAAAUGAUCUUCCUAUGCUGUGUUGUAGGAUUUGUAAAAAUUAACACCGCCGUGUCUUCUUCUUAUUUUUACUUGGAUUCGUAUAUUAAUACGAGGGAAGGUGCUUUAUAAUGUCAAACGGUAAUAAAACUGAUAAACACAUUAAUGCAACCUAAAUUACUCUUGUAAUAUUCAUUAGAAGUUGGUUCAGUGGAGGUUGAGGUUUUAUAUCUAGAAUUAAUUUUUUAUUGAAAAAUCUAAUGUUUACCUAAUGCACAGACAAACAAACGUAACACUAGAGAAUUUACCAUUGACCGUUACAUGAACGAUCAAUUUGAUUUUGAUUUAUUUCGCGUUAAGAUGUAAAAACUUGAAUAAUCCAUAUUUUUGGACCCAAAAUAGGGGAGACCAUAAAGUACGUCACG